AUGUGCAAUUGCAAUCACUUGUCUUCGAUUGUGGCCCCAUCAGCGUUGGCUUCAGAUUUCAGUCAAUUAGCCAGCGAAUGUCAGCGUGUACUCGAUGACGGCGCUGAUUGGCUGCAUAUGGAUGUAAUGGAUGGCCAUUUCGUGCCUAAUAUUACAAUGGGUCCACCGAUCCUGGCUUCAGUUAAGAAGGCACUCCCACAUAUUAAAAUGGAUUGCCAUAUGAUGGUAGCUAAUCCAAUCCAGUGGGUCGAGCCUGUAGCUCAAGCUGGUGGUUAUCAAUACACGUUCCACUACGAGGCUACUGAUGACCACAUGGGCGUUGUGCGUGAAAUUAAAAAGCACGGAAUGCGCGCUGCUAUAGCCCUCAACCCAUCUACUCCAGCCAACUCCCUCUCAGAUGAUCUCAUCAAACAACUCGAUAUGGUUCUUGUUAUGACCGUGUGGCCAGGAAAAGGCGGUCAGAAGUUCAUGCAGGAUCAAAUGCCAAAGCUAAACGAGUUGCGUCAUAAGUAUACUCACCUCGAUUUACAAGUCGAUGGCGGCGUUGGUCCCGCUACUAUCGAUGAGUGCACUAGAAAUGGAGCUAAUGUCGCUGUGGCGGGUACUGCUGUCUUUGGUGCUCAGAAUGUGAAACAGGCUAUUGAUGCUAUUAGAAUGAGUAUCAAUGCUCAGAUAAAUAAAUAA